AUGGUAAACCAGGCAAACCAGUUCAAACACACCAGUGACGUCAGGCUUUAUGUGUUUGACUUCAGCCUUUUGUCAACAACAGACGGAAAACUGCGACUCACACGACAAAGGGGCCUUCCGUACCCGUUUUGCUCCAGUCCCGGCUCAAGUUCCUGCUCCAGCUCUGAGGCUUUACGUCCCGGCCUCGGCUUCGCGUCCCGGCCCCGGCUUCGCGUCCCGGCCCCGGCUUCGCGCCCCGGCUUCGCGCCCCGGCUUUGCGCCCCGGCUUCGCGCCCCGGCUUCGCGCCCCGGCUUCGCGCCCCGGCUUCGCGCCCCGGCUUCGCGCCCCGGCUUCGCGCCCCGGCUUCGCGCCCCGGCUUCGCGCCCCGGCUUCGCGUCCCGGCCCCGGCUUCACGUCCCGGCUUCACGCCCCGGCCCCACGCCACGGCCCCGGCUUCAAGUCCCGGCCCCGGCUUCAAGUCCCGGCCCCGGCUUCACGUCCCGGCCCCGGCUUCACGUCCCGGCCCCGGCUUCACGUCCCGGCCCCGGCUUCUCGUGCCGGUUACACACCCCGGUCCUUCCUACGGUCCCCUUCCUCCCUCGCUGGUUUUGUUUUUGGGACGUCUGGCAUCCGUCCCUUGA